AUGAACUUGUCAUACUUUGUAGCGUGUGGACUUAUGGUCACCUUACUUUCAGUGAGGAUGGGGGCAAAACCUUUAACUCAAGCGCAGCAGAAGUCUCUUAGAAGUUUGCUGGGCGAGGAGCUGGCGGAGUUUCUGGAGUCGGAGGAGAGAGAGAAACGGCUCGACGCUGUGCGCACUCGGAUACGGUUACUGCGCGAUUUACGGAUGGACACCCGGGCCAGAGGCAUGUGGGCUCGUCUCCUCAACGAUCAACCCCCAAACAGGAAACACAAAUCGGGAAGCAAGAAGGCUGGCUCCUCGUCACGGAGUGGCUGCUUCGGACACAAGAUGGACAGGAUAGGCACCAUCAGCGGCAUGGGAUGCUAG